UCUGCUGCUGCGCGAAAAGGGGGAUUGCAAGGGCUGUAUCCUAACUUCAGAUUAAACGGGUUGAAAUUGAUCCGACUUUUACAGAUAUUAACACGAGGACGAGAUGCUUUAAACGCGGUAUUGAGACCCAAUGCAUGGUGAUAUGCCUUCGGAUACUCACGGACGAUGAGAAAAUAACCAGAGGAGCCACUGUACAAAGUAAUUAGCUAGCUAGUUGUGUGAGUUCAGUUCGAGCGCUAGCUAGUCACUGUAUUCAAUUUGAGAAACCGCUCUUGUCCCGAAUUAUGGCGCUAAGGGCGAGGGCUUUGUAUGACUUUAAUUCAGAAAAUCCUGGGGAAAUAUCAGUGAAGGAAAACGAAAUUGUGACCCUUUAUUGCGAACAAGACGUUGACGGAUGGUUGGAGGGGGCGAACAGUAGAGGGGAACGGGGGCUCUUCCCUGCCUCCUACGUGGAAAUUCUCAAGAAUGACACCGUCUCUUCGUAUAAUAACAACAGCACAUAUGGGGAUGGAUCCCAAAAUUCCAGGUAUGCCAACGUCCCAUCAGGUGGCUAUGACGCCCCAUACACGACUCAGGAUAAUGUAACAAAAGCGCCUACUUCAAAUUUUCCGACUUUCCCCGUUACUGCUCAACAGCAGCUAAAUUAUCAAGUGAGCCAAGGGAGUGACGACGAUUGGGACGACGACUGGGAUGACAGUUCAACUGUUGCGGACGAACCCGGUGUUGUUGGAGGGAGUUAUCAGGAUUAUGGCAAUGGACCUUCUACCUACAGAGUAUCCACUUCAAUGCCUCGAGGAGGGGCCGCGCAACAAGCUAAGAGUUCGGCCACUGUCAGUAGAAACCUUAAUAGGUUUUCAACCUUUGUAAAAUCCGGUGGCGAGGCUUUUGUGCUGGGGGAAGCCUCUGGCUUUGUGAAAGAUGGAGACAAGAUCUGCGUUGUGAUGGGUCAAUAUGGUCCAGAGUGGCAGGAGAACCCCUAUCCCUUUUCCUGCUACAUCGAUGACCCCACCAAACAAACUAAAUUCAAAGGCAUGAAAAGUUACAUGUCUUACAAAUUGACGCCUUCUCACACGCAGAGCCAGGUCAAUCGAAGAUAUAAACAUUUUGAUUGGCUGUAUGCCAGGUUAGUGGAGAAGUUCCCCGUUAUUUCGGUUCCACACUUACCUGAAAAGCAAGCCACUGGCAGGUUUGAGGAAGAUUUCAUUUCCAAAAGAAGGAAAGGCCUGAUAUGGUGGAUGAAUCAUAUGACUAGCCAUCCAGUCUUGGCUCGAUGUGAUGUUUUUCAGCACUUCCUCGUUUGCAGUAGUACUGAUGAAAAGGCCUGGAAACAGGGAAAAAGAAAGGCAGAGAAGGAUGACAUGGUGGGUGCAAAUUUUUUCCUUACCAUCAGCACUCCGGCAGCCCCACUAGACUUACAAGACGUUGAGAGCAAAAUUGAUGCUUUCAAAGCUUUUACAAAAAAGAUGGACGACAGCGCGCUGCACGUCAACGCAACAGUAAACGAAUUUGCCAGAAAGCAGAUAACGGGAUUUAAGAAGGAGUACCAGAAAGUUGGACAGUCUUUUAGAGUCCUAAGCCAAGUGUUUGAGCUGGACCAACAAGCUUACUCUGCAGGUUUAAACCAUGCGAUCGCAUACACAGGGGAAGCUUAUGAUGCAAUUGGAGACUAUUUCGCUGAUCAACCCAGGCAGGAUCUUUACCCUAUAAUGGACCUUUUGGCUAUUUACCAGGGCCACCUGGCUAACUAUCCAGAUAUCAUCCAUGUUCAGAAAGGGGCACUGACUAAAGUGAAGGAGAGCCAGAAACACGUGGAGGAGGGCAAGAUGGACGGCCCUCAGGCGGAGGGCAUUAACGAGCGCUGCAACAUCAUAUCCUUCGCCACGCUGGCCGAGAUCCAGCACUUCCACCAGACCCGUGUGCGAGACUUCAAGGCACAGAUGCAGCACUACCUGCAGGAGCAGAUCGGAUUCUUCCAGAAGAUCACCGGCAAGCUGGAGGAGGCCUUGCAGAAGUACGACAAUGCCUAAGACGAGGCCUGGUGCCUCAACCUCGUCCCCGAUGCAAUGCCUUUCAAUCUUCACAUAGACAGAGGGGAUUAGCAAGCACUGCUUUAGCAAUACAGGGGAGACAUAGUGUGUCCUCUCAUCCACCUACACUUUUAUACCAAUACUUACCAGUUUCUUCCUGGACACCAUUUCCCGAAGGUGGAGAAUUCAAUCAUCAAAAUGAGAUUUUUAAGUAUUAUAUGUUUUAAGGUAACUGCAACAACAUAGCCAAUAAAGGCUUUCAACCUAGCAAUGGUUAUAGCUGAAUAUGUGGUUGGCAUUUGUGCUCAACAUAUAUUGGAAGUAAAUAGCAUGUACCAUGAAAGCAAAUUAUAGCUUUGCUUACUCUACAAAUGUAGCUUUUGUUAUUAGCUUUAUCACAGUGAUUUUAAAGAAAAAUGUUUGGAAUUAUGCGUUUCUCCAGCCUCCAAAUGGAUGCUCCGAUUACUAGAAAGACACUUUUUAAUCUUCAUCACCGUUGAUUGGCCUUCCACCUCUGCCUUGGAUAGUCCCUCCAAAUGCCCUCUGAAUUUGAAAAGGAAAUAUUUCACGUUCCAAGCAGACCAGCUAAUAUCACCCUGUGCCUUGUAACCAUAUAUUUAAGGUAUCUUUUAUAACUUCUCAAAUAUAUAUAUAUUUUGACUUUUGUUUUAGUGACUCCAUUAUACAUUUCCAUCUUGUUAUAUUGCAUCAGAGUUGAAUGAGGGCAAUUCCCUGGCUAUACAGAGCACUCUGGAAGGAACCCAUUCACUGUUGACUUACACUGUCCACAGUGUUUGUAAGCUUCCCCCCUCUCGGCGAGGCACAUCUAGCAAGAGGGGGGGAAUUGCAGCAUAAACACAAGUGCUCCACAGUAUUGUGUGUUCGUCCCGUGGAAUUCCAACGGUUAAGUUUGCGAAAUCUGUCUGUGAUCCAAGAAAGGAACAUAACAAAAGAAGGGAUACCAAGACUGAGGUGGGUUAUGUUCCCCUUCCCAUCAGCAGAGCAAACUCUUCAUACCCUCAGUGCAAGAGCUCAAACACAGGCUAAUGUGUUUAUCUCGAGGGAACACUGCCAUGGUUUCACUUCCUCAGACUAUAGGCGUCUGAAGCCAGGUGCAUGGCCAUUCCAGUCAGGGAUAUCUUGUAUUUUCUUUUUCAAACAAUAAUUACAAUAUUUGACUUCGCAGCUCGCCACUAUUGUUUUAUGUUUUAUUAUAAUUCAUAGUGCUGGAGAUGUGAAAUUUGUUUUAGUGUAGAAGCUGGAAAAACAAAACUAAGCAAAAUAAACUCAUCUUGUUCAAAGA